CGCGCCAAUAAGAUUCUUAUUUAAUUUUGCGUUUGUUUUAAUUAUGUGUCGUUGAUUUUUUUUUUCAACAUUUAAAAUAUUUAAAAAUUGUUAUUAAUUUUAAACCUUUAAACUUAUAAAAACUUUAAAAUGUGCAUAUGUAUGUAUAUUUGUGCCUACAUGGUACAUAAAACAACACUAUAAAAACGGAAAAAAAGCAAAAGUGUGAAAAAGUUUAAUUUUACUUUUCAUUAAAAAAAAAAACAAUUUGUGUGUGAUUUUUUUUUUAAAUUAGGAAAACGUUCAUUUAAAAAUAAAAAUGUGAAAUGAGAGCUGAUGAAAUCAAUGUUGAAAUUAAAAUUUAACAGAAAAACUAAGAAUUCAUUUAAUUUUGAACAAAAUUAAUUUUCUCAUUUUAUAAUUUUACAUACAUACAUAAGUAUUUUCAAUAAAUGUAAUAAAAGUAAAAAAUUAAAUAAAUCAUAAUUAUCUUUUUUAUAAUGAUAAUAGUUAAAGGUGAUAAUUUUAAUGAAAAUUUAGAACAAUCAUCACAAAUUAUAAAUAAUGAUGAUAACAUUCAGUUAGUUGAAAGUAUCGCACAGGAUGGUAACAAUUUAUUGGGUGGUACAUCAAGCUCAUCCGGCAGGAUCGGAAGAAGAAAAUCCUCAUUAACUUUGACUCCUGAAGAUGAAGAAACAGCAAAUCAACGGACCCUGAUGGAUUUAAAAUAUCCUACAGUACUACCACCGAAUCCUCAAUUAAAGGCCUUACUCAUCUGGCACAAAAUUGACAAUGUUUGUGAAGCAUUUACAGCUGCAUGUCAUAGGCAAUUAUUAGAAGUUAAUGUAGUCAAAACCAAAGAAUCUACAUUAGAAACAUUACAAAAUAAUAACUCAAAUGAAACGUAUCAUUUGUUAAUUGUAGAUGCACGUUCACCUAAACAUUUAGAUGCUGAACACAUAAUAAGAUCUGUUCGACACACAAAUGGAUACCAAUUUAUGACAAUAAUAGCUAUUGUGAGAAAGAGUUUUUUCGAAAAAGAUGAAACUUCUUUGAUUGCACUUUUAGAUGCUGGCGUUAAUAGGUGCAUUGCUGAAAGUCCAAAUGUCGUGAUAUGCUCAACAGAAAUAAAACAAAUUUUACAUUCCAUAGUAAGACCGCAAAAUGUUAUGUCAACACAACAGACUUUAUACACAGCACUACAUAGAUUGAAAGAAGUUCUUUUGAUAACAGACGAUUUAUUACGUAUACAAUAUGCAAAUAAAUCAACUGAGAGGCUUUUAAAUAUGCGAUUGGAUGAAAUCAUAAGUCGACCUUUAUCUGAAAUAUUCCUAUCGGAUGUUUCUUCAAUAAAUGCUCAAGGUAAACAUAUCCGGGAAUUUGAUGGUAUUUUAACAGUAAAAAGAAAAGGACAUGAUGGUAUUCCUAUGCAUGUAAGAGUAGUACCUGUAGCAUGUAUUGGAAGAACUCCAACACAUUUUGUAUUCAAUUUUGAUGUUCCUGGUGGGCAAAAUGAUUUUAUAGCAACAUUACCACAGCCAAAAGAAAAUCAAAGAGGUUCUUUACAUUCAAUACGUCGUGCUAGUUAUGAUGUUCGUUCCAUAGCAUCGGAUGGUUUAAGAAGAACAAGUCUUGCAAAAUUAACAUCGUUACCAUUAGAAGCACCAAUAACAAAGGUUGUUAAUCUUUUGUCACAAGUACAAGAAAACUGUUCACCAGAAGAAGCAAGACUGAUCGAUAAAGUUUCUGAAUUUUUAAAAAAAGAGGGCCUUUAUAGUCCACAAAUGAAGGAAAUAAAAACCGAAGACCCUAUUGCAACCGAUCUAAUUGGAGCUUUAUUAACGGGACCAACAAAUUUAUACUCAUCUAGAAGAAGUUCGAAUGAUUCAAUUAUUAGGGUAUCAACAAGCAGACCAUCAAAUUUAUUACCAUCUAAAAUGAAGGCAACAUCGCAAAUCAUGGAACUAUUAGAAGAAUCUCUUGUUUGGGAAUUUGAUAUCUUCAAAUUGGAAGAAAUUUCUGAAAAACGACCACUCUUAUAUUUAGGAAUGGAAAUGUUUAGACGAUUUGAUGUAUUUAGUACUUUUAAUGUUGAUGAGAUAACAGCGAAAGGUUGGUUAGCUGUUAUAGAAGCUCACUAUCAUACACAAAAUUCAUAUCACAAUAGCACACAUGCAGCAGACGUUAUGCAGGCAACCGGUGCAUUUAUCACUCAAUUAGGAGCAAAAGAUAUGGGAUUAGAUCGUUUAGACGAAGCGGCUGCAUUGAUUGCAGCUGCAACUCAUGAUAUUGAUCAUCCAGGACGCUCAUCAGCAUUUUUAUGCAACUCAAAUAGCCCACUAGCAAUAUUGUACAAUGAUUUAACUGUAUUAGAAUCACAUCAUGCUGCCACUACAUUUAAAUUAACAUUAUCUGAUGAAAAAAUAAAUAUAUUUAGAAAUUUGGACAAGGAAACAUAUAAAAAUGCCAGAAGUAUAAUAAUUGAUAUGAUUCUAGCAACAGAAAUGACGCGACAUUUUGAACAUUUAGCAAAAUUUGUUAGCGUUUUUGGUGCGGAUGUUGAUCGUGAUGUUAUACCUGACGAUGAAAACCAAAUUCUAAUUCGUAGAAUGUUAAUUAAGGUAGCAGAUGUAAGUAAUCCAUCUAGACCACUUUCAUAUUGUGUUGAAUGGGCACGUCGUAUUGCUGAAGAAUACUUUACACAAACAGAUGAAGAAAAAGAGAAAGGACUUCCAAUUGUAAUGCCAAUGUUUGAUCAUGCUACAUGCAGUAUACCAAAAAGUCAAAUAGGUUUUAUAGAAUUUAUUAUACAAGACAUGAUGCAUGCUUGGGAUGGUUUCAUAGACAUGCCACAAUUAAUAACAUAUAUGCAAUUUAAUUACUCACAAUGGAAAAAAUUCGAGGAACAAGGAAUUCAUACAUUAGCUGAUAUUAAAUCAAUGCAAGUAACGUUGAAUGCAAAGAAGUCAAAUAAAUAACAUUGGGCUUUUGUGAGAUUAUUUAGUGGCUUCCUAAAGCCAUGAAUUUCGUAAAACUUUAAUGUGCAAGGGUUUUGUUUUAGUUAAAGAAAUAUUUAAAAAUAAUUAUUUGCAAUACAAAGCAAAACAUGCUUUUACAUUUCAAGAUUUUUUUUGGCAAUCCAUUGGAAUUUUUAGAAUCGAUUUUGUUGUAAGAGAAUAAUGUGUAAAUUGUCAUCUGAUACGAUGUCAAAAAGUGUAAAUCGAUUUCUUAUAAGAUUAAUACCUAUGUAUGUACAUAUCUAUUACUUUAUAUCAAUUCUUAGUUGAAAAUUUAAGUUUUAAGUAUCACUCAAACUUAGUUUAAAAUUCCAUUACAUUACACGACUAAAUAUUGUCUUUAAACAUCUUUUGAUACUUACAUGUUGGAAACUUUUUUGGAUUUGAAAUCAAAAAUUCGUUAAAUUUUAUUUCUUUAGACCCAUUUUUUUAAACUCUAGAGUUUUCAUCUUUAACUAAACUGGAAUUUUGGAAACAAGUAAUUAGUUAACAUAUUAACCGAGUUGUAAAGCUUCUUUGAAUGUGUUCUUACAUGUAUAUUUUAUAAUUUAUUGUAAACUUUAUAUAUACACUUUAAUCAAAAUAUAAAUAUUCAAACAAAAUUGAAUAGUAUUCAAAAAAAUUUCAAAGAGAAUGUAUUUUAAGUAAUUUAUUAACAAUAUUUUUUUUUAAUUUUUUCAUUUGAGAUUAACUCAAAUUCAGUUUAAUAAAAAGCCUCAAAUUUUACCAAUAACUGUACAUAUGCUCCUAUAGGUGUAAUGAAUAAUAUGUUAGUAACUCAUCUUACGCUCUGAACUUUGAAUUUUUAACUACAUCUCAUUUCAGAAAUGUUGCAAUCUUUAUUCAACAAAUAUCAUUUUUCAUUUAGCUCUAUUUUAAACUUAAAUCAUUUUCAAAUACUACCUUUAGUUAAACUAAACUAUUAACUUCAUGGCAAACUAUAGUAAAUCUUCAUUUUGUAAGAGCCCGAUAAAACUAGCUUGAAAAUUUUCCAUUCUUAUCAUAAAUAAGAAUAGUGCUUAAUUAGCACUGUUGCAAUAUUAAGAAUCGGGUUUUAACAAUUUUUCAUAGAAUUCGAUACUGCUCAAUUUAGUGAUUUUGGUAUAUUUUUUCUCCAGUAAAAAUUUCAUUAUAAAUGUAUGUAUGUAUAUUGUACUUAACAAAAACAAAUUUCUCUAGAUAACUAAAUUAUAAAAGCCUAAGAAAAUUUUUAUGAACACUUUUUUAUCUGUGAGGUUUCAAAAAACUUUAUGAAAUAAAUAUGUAA